AAGGCCCUAGGACUGGUUCAGAUAAUCGUCACCAGUGUUGACCGUGAGCGGAAAUCGAACCCCGGUCGCCAGGUUCGUAGAGCACCGCGCUAACCGCUACACCACCGCUCCCCCACACACACGUUCGCACACACGUUCAUACAUAAAUCGGUAGGUACACACACACGUACACACACAAAUGAACACACAUGCACGCACAUGAACACGCACACAUGUGCACACUGCCCACUGCAAAACCACAUCAACACCAUCAACACCGACGACAUCGACGAUGAUGAUGAUGAUGAAGAAGGAGGCCCCGUCGGCUGUUGCGAGGAUGGCAUCCGCCACACCAUCUGCGACGUCUGAUGGCGACUGCAGCGGCGGAGGCGACGAAGAUGAAGCGGCCGCGGCAGCGUCGCGGCCCGGGGCCGCGUCCCCGGACGGCGCACGCACCGGCGGCAACCCCCUCCUGCGGGCCGUGCAGCUGGGCCGCCUGCGUCUCACGCGCUUGCUGCUCGACGGCGGCGCCUACGUCAACGAGAGCAACGACCGCGGCGAGACGCCGCUCAUGGUGGCCUGCCUGACGCGGCACGCCGACGCGCAGAGCGCCAGCAAGGCCCGCAUGGUGCGCUACCUCCUGGAGAAGAAGGCCGACCCCAACAUUCAGGACAAGUGCGGCCGCACGGCGCUCAUGCACGCGUGCUGCGCCCGCGCCGGCGCCGAGGUGGCGUCCGCGCUGCUGGAGGGCGGCGCCGACCCCAGCGUGGAGGACCGCUCGUGCCGCUCGGCCCUCGUCUACGCCAUCCACGCCGACGAGCCCAGCACGCUCAAGGUGCUGCUGGACGCGUGCAAGGCGAAGGGCAAAGAGGUCAUCAUCAUCAACGUGACGGAGAGGCUCUCGCUGCCCGGCAACAAGUCGGCGCCGCGCUACCUCAGCCUGCCGGGGCUGCCCGACGCGUCGUACGACGAGCGGCCCGCCUGCGCCUCCCCCUCCGACGUCGAGCUCAGCACCAGCCCUUCGGCCGCCCGCUCGUCAGCGCCCGGCGAGGCGGAGCCGCGACAGCCGCUCCACUCGGAGGAGGCGGCGGCGGCCGUGGCCGCGGCGAACGCGGUGUCGUCGUCGUCGUCGUCGUCGUCACGUGACGCCGACCCCUUCUUCAGCUUCGCUCGCGGCGCGGCGUCCAACUCCGUCGGUUCCAGCGCCGGAGCCGCCGGAGCCGCCGGUGCCGCCGGUUCCGGCCUCGCCGGAGAGGCGCCGUCUCCGAGCCGGCGCCGAGCGGCGCCGCCGUGCAGGCGAGGAGGCGGCGGCGGGAGCGCCGGGCGCCUGUCCCAGCUCAAGCGCCUGCAGUCGGAGCCGUGGGGCCUCGUGGCGCCGUCGGCGCUCGUGAAAGCCGAGGACGGCGGCGGCGGCGGCGACGGCGGCGACGGCGGAGGAGGAGGGGACCGGCGGUCGCUCGAUGGGCGGACGGGCGACGGGGCGAGGGCCGCCGGCGCUCACGCCAGCAACAGCCACUCGCCCGUAACGGCACGGCCCAAGCGCCCGCUGUCGCGGCGGCAGAGCGUUGACGCGAUGGUGUUGGCGCCGCCGUGCGAGAAGGCCGGCGGCGUCACGCUUCUGCAUCCUCAGCCACCGCCGUUGCAGCAUCAUCACCAGCAGCAGCAGCAGCAGCAGCACCAGCAGCUGGGGAGGAGGAACACAACGCCGGUCGAUUGGGACGAGAGCCACGCUGGCACUGGAGGUGCACACCGGCCGCAGCACGAGAGGGCCUCUCCCUGCGCUCUGCCGCCCCACGGCGCGCUCGGAGCCUCGCUGCGGGACCUGGUGCACCGGCGGCACCUCGGGGUGGCCGAUCACCAGGAGCACGACGCCGAGACGCAGGCCCCGCCGGGGCCGGACUCGGCGCGCUGCCUGCUCGAGCGGCGCAAGCACAACACGUCGCCGCUCACGGCGCCGCUCACGGGCUCGCGCGAGUCGCUGCACGCCGACAGCACCUCCCCGCUGCUACUACGCAGGCACCAGCACCCACCGCUGGAGCGCCGCGGCUCGGGCACGCUGCUGCUCGACCGCAUCUCCCAGACCCGGCCCGGCUUCCUGCCGCCCCUCAACGUCAACCCCCACCCGCCCAUCCCGGACAUCGGCGGCAGCAGCGGCAACAUCAACGGCGGGGCGGGUUUCGCCGGGCCGAGCCGGGCGUCGGCGGGGAGAGCGUCGUCGCUGGCGCCCGGGAUGGCCGCGCACGCCUCGCUGUGCCUCCCCGCUCGGCCCGUAGGCCUCUCGCUGGCCUCGUCCGCGUCGGCGUCCUCCCUGGCGUCGGCGUCGUCGUCGUCGGCGGCGGCGCCGCACUGCUCCCCGCGGCGCGGCGACGCGGGGGGCACGGCGGCGCCGGCGGCCGAGGGGGGCGGUGCGGUUUUGGCGUCGCGUCAACCCAAGCGGCCCCUCGUGCGGCGCCACUCGAUGCAGGUGGAGCAGAUGAAGCAGCUCGGCGGCUUCGAGGGAUUCUGCGCCAAGUGAGCGGGCCGGGGUGUCGCUCGGUUAACCGCGAGGUGCCACCGGUUAACCGCGAGACGCCGUCGGUUAACCGCGAGGUGCCAUCGAUUAAUAUGGAAGUCGCUCCGUUAACCACGGUUCGCUUGGUUGACGAUGAUGGGUUCAACCGGAACUCACUAGGUAGUUAGAUUUUUUUUGUAUGACUAUGAUUUGCUCAAUUAAUCGCACUGCAUCGGAUUAACUGGAAUUUACUCUUGACGGCACUUUAUACGGAUCCGAUGACCUGGCAUUCACGUGACUAACACCGAUGAUUACUCAAUCAACCGUGACUUGUCAAUUUGACGGAGCUCUGACCGAUGCUGCAUUAAGUAAAAUGGUCUUGACUGCGAUUCACUUGAUCAACCACAAUUCACUCAAUUUUUGCUGUAAUUUUUUUUUAGUUAAGCAUCACUCAGCUGACAGCGACCCCGAGCUCUCCGCGCUUGGCUCGUUAACCUGCGAUUCACUCGGUUGUAAUGGGCACCUCCCUCGAUUAUCCGCGACUUCACUCGCUCGGCCCAACCCGCGGGGUAUCGUUGUAGGUCUAGGCGAUCGCUGCUGCUGCUGCUGGCACUCUCUUGGGGAUAUUUCGCCCAAGAGCUGUGAGUUUAAUCCCAAGCCACUCCGUCCUCAUCAUCAUCAUGAUCCAGCAUCGUGAACAAUUUUAAAGGUCUACAAAUGAGCUGACCACUUUGUGGGAAGUGAACGGUGGUGGUCCUAAGGCCCGAAAACGUUAAGCGGCCAGCAACAAACAGUUACUAUUUUAAAGUGUUAAAGAUGAGAGUCUAACACAUUUCUUGAGUUGAACAAGGUUAUUAGAAGAAUUUGGGAUAAAAAAGAGAGAGAGAGACGGUGGGAGGGUGAUUGCAAAGUGCAGCGGUGCGAGGGAAGGAGCAGAAAGAGAAGUGAGGUGACCUGCAGUGUGGUGAGAGAGUGGGUAAGUGGGUGAGUGGGUGAGUUGUGACCUGCAGUGUGGU